GAGAAUCUCUGCUUCCAGCCGGUACUCCGCUCCGUUCCGCUUCUCAGCACCAGGAGGGACACACACACACCCACACCCACACCCACACCCACGCACUCACACUCACACACGUACACACAUAAACGCGCGCGGCAUAGACACGCAGAAACACACUCUGUCGACGGUACCUGGAUUUACUUGCGCGCGAGACGCUCGGACCCGUACAGCAGAAAGGUGUUGCGUCACAUAAUGCUGGCUGGACAAAUCUGAGGCUCUCGAAAGGGAUUGGGCUCCAAAAGCUCUGAAGAACAUCGACAGAACCGUGGAACUCGGCCGUGAGGAGCUGCACCAGAGAUCUGUUCCGAGGGCUUUUUCCCAGAAUGCACAUGUUUCUGGAGAAAACGCGUCCCCUGUGGCUGCUCCUUGUUUGCUCUUCCUUUGCCCUGCUUGAGACCACAGAGACAUUGUGGCAGAUGGACACGGAAGGAAGCCCCCAUGUCAGCGGGUUUCUUGCAGGGAAGGUGGUCUUGCCCUGUUACUUCUCUACCAUGGCCACCUCCACACCCCCCAGCAAUGCUGCACCGACCCCAGCCUCCACCACACCAGCAGACCACCUGCGGAUCAAGUGGACAAAGGUUGAGCAGGAGCUUGAGAUCACUGUGCUGGUGGCCCAGAACGGUGUCAUCAAGGUUGGCCAAGCCUACAAGGGUCGCGUCUCGGUUCCCAGACACCCAGAGAACGUCGGGGACGCCUCCCUCACAGUGGCUCGGCUCCGGGCGAGCGAUGCUGGCACCUACCGCUGCGAGGUGAUGCGUGACAUCGAGGACACACAGGACACUGUGUCUCUCGACGUUAGUGGUGUUGUAUUUCACUACCGCGCCAACAGCAGCCGAUACACCCUGAGUUUUGAGAAGGCCAUCGAAGCAUGCCGAUCUGUUGGGGCAUCGAUCGCCACCGCGGACCAGCUGAUAUCUGCUUAUGAAGAUGGAUUCGAUCAGUGUGAUGCCGGCUGGAUUUCAGACCAGACGGUUAGGUACCCAAUCACCAAGCCGAGGGUCGGUUGCUAUGGAGACAAACACGGGAGGCCUGGAGUGAGAACUUACGGAGUGCGAAACCCGGAGGAGACCUACGAUGUGUACUGCUACGCGGACAAGCUGGAGGGUGAGGUUUUCUACCCACUUGUUGCUUACAAGAUGACCUUGGAGGAAGCCAAGGCGAUUUGCAAGAGGCUUCAGGCAACACUGGCGUCUCCUGGGCAACUUCAUGCUGCCUGGCGCUUGGGCCUGGACCGCUGUGACUACGGGUGGCUCUCAGACGGCAGUGCCCGUUACCCCAUCUCUGUACCCCGCACCCAGUGUGGGGGGGGCCUGCUGGGGGUCCGCACCAUGUACCGCUACAGCAACCAAACUGGCUUCCCAGAGACCUCUGAAAAGUUGGGCGCCUUCUGCUUUCGAGGUACACAGUCUGCAGAUAUCACUACAGCAUCUGAACUCACUGUAAGGACUACAGACAAUUCAGCUGUGUUAUUGGAGGGCCUUGGUUUUGGACCAGCAAGUCCUGCAACCAUUAUUGAAGAACACAUCCAUUCAAAGGUUGCCCCUAAGGAAUCAUCUGAUGAUAUGGCAAAGUUCCAGUCUAAGUCAACUCAUCCUCUAGACCCUUUAUCCAUCUCCACUGAGGAACCUAGAAGUCGACCACCUGUCAGUGAAGGGGUCAGAAAGGAGCCCCCAUCUAUGUUCUCAACAAGCAUGGCGACUCCACGUGAAAAGACUUCUGUCCAUGUUGGGUAUUUGGUCACUGCCACGCCAUCCAAGACUGAUGCUCCUCAAGAUUUGUCAACCCCCUUUGAUGAACAGGAGGUGCCUGAUACUCUACUGGAGUCAUUGCCCAUAGACUAUACCAUUUACCCACAGAAAUUACCUGAAUUGCCCACCGUGAAAAGUAGACCACCCCAUCUUGACAUCUCCACAGAGGAAGAUAAAAAUGACACUAGGAGACGUGUUGAAAUGGUAGGGGUAACCCAGCCAACACCAAAACAUAAGUCUGAGGAGUCAGCAACAGGCCAGUCAGAUGUAUCUCAGCCCAUUGUUAAAUUUCAAAUGUACUCCACUGAAGAAUUGCCCGUUUGGAACAAAAUGAGUCAAGAACCACACCUUCCUCCAUCUGAAGCUGGACCCACUGAGUCUACCCUGAUAGUGUCAGCUGCAGGUUUUCCUACCUUGACAGAGAAAAGCCCAGUGCAAGGCAGCUCAGGCCUUCCAGAGGCCGAGUUAACUCCAGUGACCACUGCAUUCCUUACAUCGAGAACUGAUUAUCCAAAAAGACUUUUUCCCAAAGAGCAGGAUUUAAGAACACCAGCCAUCGUCUAUAAGGAAGAGCUCGAGGGUUCUGCAGAUGCUGAUAUGAGAACUGCUUCUCUAACAAUGACUGUAACAACACAGCCAGCUGAUUCUUCAAGGGCCUUGGGAACUGCUUUAGAAGUUACAGAGAGGUUACCCCUCACUGAGAGUGAGCCAGCGGAAGAUCCUACCAAAGAUGCGGUUGUUUUUGCAGAGUCUACAGUUUGGACUGAAUCCACCGAAACAGUUUCAAAGGCUGAGGACAGAAAGGCUGAAGUCAACACAGAUCAUAUCAGACUGCCCACAACCUCUUCAGAAGCAUCCAAAUUUUCCGCUCUUCCAGAAAGUACAAUGCCUUCAAAACCUCCAGUGCAUCUCAUCAUCGUUAGAGUUCAUGACAGAAACCAAUCUGUUGAUCCGAUUCUUCAGUUAUUGGGCCAACCCAUUGACGCUAGCGCUGAAGGACCUCUGUUUCCCACUACUAAGAAGCAACUACUUCCAGACCAACCCACCCCAUCAACAGCAGAUGGAGAACCAAUUAUUGGUUCUGGGGACUUGGAUUUAUUUCAUUCCUCCUUUGUUACCAUCACUCCCACACUGAGCUUUAUUAACGGUAAGCAUGAGUUGCCUCUUGAACCAGAGAGCCACACUGCCCAGGAAGCAAGAGGAGACCAGUUUGAGACGGUGUCCCCAGCAGAGGGAGGACUCUCUCACCUGGGAGAAAGUGAAGACACUGAGCAAGAAGCAGCGACUGGGUUUGAUUUCUCCGACUUCGAGCUUGGAAAAAGCCCAGAUAGCACCGUUUCUGCAGCAACUCCCCUUUUAACACCUGAGCCAGAUUAUGUUGGCACUGUGGAAAUUGAUGAAUUUGUGGAAUCUGUCCAUCACCAUCCCUCUGAGAUUUCAGUGGGGGAAUCUUACAGACCUGAAGAAACAACAAGAGAGACAAGUCCAACCUCAAAUCCUUUGUCUCUCUCAGCAAGCAUGCCAUUUUAUAAGAUUCUGACAACAACAGAAACAGCUGUGGUAAGCACUGUGGUAAAGCACCCUGAUGCAGCUUUCACAUCUGAUGAUGUUAUGAGUUCUGGUCAGCUGACAACGGUACAAAGCAUGCCAGACAGCAGCACUCGGUCUGAAAGUGUGGUGGGAUCUGCUGCAGGUCCUACAGAGGAUGAAGCAGAAGUAUCUCAGACAGAUGGGUCAGUUGAAGAGGCUUCUGUAAAACCCUCCACAGCUUCUGAACCUUUCAGCUCGGUUGCAACUGAUGAAACAGAAAUUGCAGAUCCUGCUGCAACCUUCUCAGAAGUUAUAGGUAGAGAGUUUUCCACUAAGACCUCACCUGAAGCCAGCACGAUUGCUACAGAGAUCCACGCUAAAGAUGGUACCUCGAGGCCAGAAGGAGUGGUGGAGUCUGAAGGAUCCGCAUAUGGUGAAGAUGAAGGGUCAGCGCAAGAUGUGUACAGUCAUGAAGAAACAGGACCCACCACCUUGCUUCCUUCCAGUACAUCAAUGCAGCCAGAAGAAACCACUCAACCCAAGCACACAGUUACAUUCCAAGCCAAGGAAGAGUCUUACACAGAUUCACUGGUAACAAUCAGUGAGGGUUCAUUCGAAGGUGUUGUCUCCACUCCAUUACCCCCAGUGGUUGAUGGCAUAAGUGAUCCGCAAAGAACUACUGAAGCAACAGACUCUGGAAUAACUGAGAGACCUGCUAAAGCAAAUGUAACUUUGUCAAACAUUCUUUUUCAUUUUCCUGAGGAAGUUGGUUCAGGUGUACAAAUACCAGAGAUGUUUAUCAAGAACCAUUCAGCUGAUGAUCAUCCUAUGCAAAAUCACACGACUGAAAAAGUAAUGGAAUCUACUGUACAUUCCUCUGAGCUCGGCAGUGGUGAUGUUACACAAGAUAUGACUUUGAAAAAUGAAGUGGAACAUAUAACGGCUACUUCAUCGUCACCGUUCACAGGAUGCAUCACUGAAAAAGAACGUUCAGAAGACCCAAAUUUAACUGUGCAUGCUUCAGUACAGGUAACACGUACAGAAAGCACAACCUUAGAAGGUUAUGCAUCCUCUGCUCCAGAAACACCCAGUACUCUUCAGACACGAUUGAAAAGUGAGGCUGUGACAAUGGGUGAAAGUACGUCCAGCCAGAUACACACCGCCACAUCUUCCUCAACCCCGUCUUUCUUGUAUCACGAUAUUGACAUGGAACAAGUUAAGAUGGUAAGUCCAACAGGCAGCACUGAUGACAUCUCAACAACCUCAGGACCCGAUCUCAGCAAAAAAUAUAUGACUUACGUUCCUGGUUUUACUGAGACAUAUGAAGAAAAACUCUCAGCUGCAACAAAGAGUAUGACCUUGGAUUUCACAAGGCCUCAGGGACCUUCAACUGAAGAUACAGUGAUCAGUAUGGAUACUGUUGUCAUGGUUGAAUCUUCUCCACCUUACUCACCAACCAUCCGAACAGAAGAAGCAGUGGGGCUAACAGUUAAAUCUGUUAGAGCUCAUUCUCCAUAUGAAACUACUGAUAGACAAGAGGAAUCCAGUGAAGAUCUUAGUAUGUUGUUAAAUACCCACCUAUCGCAAGAGAUGCUGGAAUCUCCUACACCUGAACCAACAAUUACUUUCAUAGGCCAGUUAGAAGAAAAAAGCCCUGUUUCUGUGACAGGCACCACUGAAGAUGAUAAAGCAGAAACUGUAACUGUUAAUACUGUGUCACCUGCUCUUUAUGAACUUUACACAGAGGGACCUUCUGGUGAAGAGCUGAGAGCUGAGACUGCAACUACUGAAGCUGACUCCAUUCAAAUGUCAACUUUUGACUCUUCAUCAGCAUUUACUGACCGGGCCCUUGAAGAAGCUGCACUGACAAGUGUCCAACCCACAGUGAUGCAGUCUUCUUCUCAGACCUCCACAUACAUUCCAGAGUUUGAGUCGAGCAGUCCUGACUGGUCUUUAGAGAAGCAGGAGGCUACAGGUGUGCACAAAAAUGGUGUAACCUCUACCGUGGUGAUGCCGGGCGCUGAAUCCACUGUCUUCAGUGCUCAGGUGACCACUACUCCCAUGACAGAAGAGGACAGAGCUACUGACAGUGAUGCUGUGUCUCCGCCUUCGUUGGUUGAGGCUGGACCACCGGCACGUGGAAUGGAAACUACGGUGGAAGCUGAAACAGGACACACCAUCGAGGGGCAGACUGUUGAAAUUCCAGGUGUGUAUCCUUGCACUGAAAAUGUCUGCCUAAAUGGAGGCUCUUGCCACAUGAAGGGUACAGUCCACAUCUGCUCGUGUGCACCAGGAUACGGUGGAGAACGUUGUGAAACAGAUUCUGAUGAAUGCCAGUCAAACCCGUGUCUCAAUGGAGCAACCUGCAUAGAUGGCUUAAAAUCCUUCACAUGCGUUUGCCUGCCCAGCUACACAGGAACACUCUGUGAACACGAUACGGAGAGGUGCGACUACGGCUGGCACAAGUUCCAGGGCCACUGCUACAAGUACUUGAGUCACCGGCGCACGUGGGACAGCGCUGAGCGCGAGUGCCGCCUGCAGGGGGCGCACUUGGCCAGCGUGCUCUCCCGCGAGGAGCAACACUUCGUGAACCGCUUGGGUCACGACUACCAGUGGAUCGGCUUGAACGAUAAGAUGUUUGAGCAGGACUUCCGCUGGACCGAUGGCCAUCCCAUGCAAUAUGAGAACUGGAGGCCAAACCAGCCGGACAGCUUCUUCUCCAGCGGGGAAGACUGUGUGGUGAUGAUCUGGCAUGAGGACGGGCAGUGGAACGAUGUGCCCUGUAACUACCACCUCACCUUCACCUGCAAGAAAGGAACAGUUGCGUGCGGCCAGCCUCCGCUCGUGAAAAACGCACGUGCCUUCGGUGGCAUGAAGCCUCGCUAUGAGAUCAACUCCUUGGUUCGCUACCACUGCAAAGAAGGCUUCAUCCAGAGACAUCUUCCUACCAUCAGAUGCCGAGGAGAUGGCCGGUGGGAUGAGCCCAAAAUCACAUGCGUGACUCCGUCUGCCUAUGAAAAAACGCACGCCAAGAAGUACCAAACUGACAGGGUGUACAGCAACAUGAAAAGGUGGUUCGGUGACUCUGUGCAACACCGCCAUCACUGGGCAGCUCGAGAGGAAGAGACGAGACGCUGAUGCGACGCCGCACAACGACCCGCGUCACCCACAAGUGCCUUAGAGAUGAAGCACAGACAUUCGCUGUGGUCUACAGCAUCAGCAUCAGCAUCAGCAUCAGCAUCAGCAUCAGCCUCAGCAUCAGCAUCAGAUUCAGCAUCAGCAUCUAAGUCAAGUGCCUUUUCCACAUUUAAAUAAAAGCUUUUUUCAGUUUUAUUUUUUCAGACUCAUUACAUACAUAAAGAGCAGCACAAGACACAAUCUGGAUACUGUGGACAAAUUUUCAUAUCUGUCCCGCGUUCUGUCUUUAAUGUCUUUGCCGGUGAUUUCAGGGUACAGUCCUUCCUCGGAACGACGGACUAUAUCGGGGGCAGUGUCUGUUUUUCCUCAAGAUUCGUACAUCCGUACACCAUACACACAAACAUACUUAUACUUACAUACACAUAUAUUUAUAUAUAUGUAAGCAAACAUGCGUGUAUAAUUGUAUACGCAGGGUUUCAUGAUAUGAAAAAGCAUAUAAACAUGCAAAAUAUUUCUCUUCCUUAAAAAAACAAUGCAAGUGAAAUAAAAAAAUAAGAAAGAAGAAACCGAAAUGGAUAAGCAGCACUGUGUGCAAAAAAGAGCCUCUUUUGUGAACUUUGAGAGACGGAGGCCCUAAGUCUGGGCCACCUGUUACGCCUGCUCUCAUUGGCUCAGAUGUAACUCAAGCUGUGAUUGGCUCUCUGAAGGUACAUUUCGCAAGUGUUUGUGCGUGCGUACACGUGCGCGCACGCGCACACACACACACACACACACACACACACGUAUGUGCGUGUGUACAUUUGUAGGCCCUGUGUGUAUGUGUUUGUAAUUUUUUAUUGAUUUCAGUGCCUGUUUUCUGUGUUUUACUAUUUUUAUGGUCGUUUUUUUACUUUUUGCAUUUUUUCGUAAAAUUUUAUUUAUUUAUUUAUUUUUAAAAAGAAAAAAAAAAAUUUUGGCCACUGUCCAUCGUUCCCGAAUUCGUGUUUCUAGUGUCCGUUGUUCCGCGGAUGGACUGUACUUGGCCCCAGCGAAGAAAUAUUUUCCCACAAAUAUUCAGACAAAUACAUUCAGAUAAUUACAGGUAUAAAGUUGCAGCUGUGCAAAGUUUAAGCUUUUUGAAACAAAUGGUCACAUGUAGACAAAAUAUUAAAGCUGAUACUUCCGACUUUCUCCUGAGGAGAGUCUCAUUACUGCUCCUCGUACGGGGCAUCAUUUUCUUAUAGCUUUACCUGCACAGGAUUUAUGCAGAACGGAUAAAGUUGAAGAAUCAAACCGUAAAAGGAGUCAACAGGCAGACAUAGAAGAGGGUGAUUUUUUUUUUUUUUUUUUUUCCGUUCAAAGGAGCAACACA